AUGAUUUGCUUGUGGUUCCUCUCUCUUCUUGCUUAUGGACUUACAAUACUGCAGGGGGUGAAUUGUUGGACGUACCAUUAUUCAGACACAAACAUGACCUACAGGGAAGCAGAGCUGUGGUGUAAAAAGAGGUAUACUAACAUGGUUGCCAUUCAGAAUAAGGAGGAAAUCAACUACCUCAAUAACUACUUACCCUUCAAUCCGGGUUACUACUGGAUUGGAAUCAGAAAAAUUAAUGAUGUAUGGACCUGGAUUGGAACUAACAAACAACUGACAGAAGAGGCAAAAAACUGGGCUUCAGGUGAACCAAAUGGCAAAGGGAACAAUGAGGACUGCGUUGAAAUCUACAUCAAAAGAGGGAAGGAUGAUGGCAAAUGGAAUGAUGAACAGUGUGAGAAAAAGAAGGUCGCCUUGUGUUACACAGCUUCUUGCAACCCAUCUCUCUGCAGUGGCCGUGGAGAAUGCAUAGAGACCAUUAACAAUCACACCUGCCGUUGUAACCCUGGAUUCUAUGGGCCUGAAUGCGAGUUUGUUGAGCGUUGUGAUCCACUAAAGAAACCUGAUCAUGGGAGCCUCCAGUGUGAUCAUCCAUUGGAGAACUUCAGCUACAACUCAUCCUGCACAGUUCAAUGUGAGGAAGGCUAUGAACUGACUGCAUUGGAAUCUGUAUACUGUACCUCUUCUGGGGUCUGGUCUGCCCCCCUUGCAGCAUGCAGAGCUGUGACCUGUCCUGCCUUAGAAAUACCUUCUCAUGGUGCUCUGAACUGCUCCCAUCCCUCUAUGGAGCUCACCUGGGGUGCCACCUGUGUGUUCACCUGUGAGGAAGGAUUUGCCUUGACAGGACCAGCCACACUGCAGUGUGGGUCUUCUGGGGCCUGGGACAGGCAGCAGCCAUCCUGUGCAGCUGUGAGGUGUGAGGCUGUAACCUGGCCAGAACAAGGCUCUGUGACCUGUGACCACGCUCCUGCAGAUCUCACCUAUGGCUCACGUUGUGAUUUCCGCUGCAGCGAGGGCUACGUUCUGGAUGGCCCCUCCAGCAUUGAGUGCACAGCGCAGGGACAGUGGUCAGAGCCAGUGCCAAAAUGCAAAG